CAUUUUGUUAGUGGCAGAUAUGUUUAUUCAACUGCUAGCUACCAUACAUCAUAUAAAAUUGUAGAGUGAUGAUUUUCGCAAGCCUUGCUCUAUAGUAUGUUGCCCAGGAAUUCAUGUAUGAUUCAGAAAUUUGCCUAAAGCAUGAAUUUCGGUGCUGUCUUUCGUCCGCUGCAAGUAGGCAGCCGACUCAUUAUUAAGUCGACUACAUACAUGUAGCUGCGUGGAAAUCCCCCUGCUCACGGGACUCGUAGUCAAAUUUGUAGCAACUUCCUGCUCGACCAGUGUUGGUCACCGUGGGUUUGUCUCAGUUGAAGAUAGGGAUUGUACAAGGGAAAUGUGACAGGAUAAAAGAAGUGAAACUAUGAGUGACUACAUUCCCCCUGGAGCAGCUGGGGGCCCACCCCCCUCCUCACUACCCUCCGAUGAUGGGGAGGGCGGUUUCGAUGAAGAGUUUGUGUCGCCCUUAGAUGACAGAUAUAGAUGUCCUGUUUGUACCUUUAUUCUCAGAGAACCAAGGCAAACAGGAUGUGGACAUAGAUAUUGUAACUACUGCAUCACAAUAACAUUGAAAGAGCCAUCCCCCAAAUGUCCAAUCGAUGGAGAAGAGCUAAGACAAGAUGAGGUGUUUCCUGACCUUUUCUGCAAAAGGGAGAUUCUGAUGUCCAAAGUUUACUGUAGAUUCAAGAAAAAUGGAUGCCAAGAAAUUGUUCUGUUGAGAAAUCUAGAGGCCCAUGUAAACGAGUGUGAAUAUGCCAUUAUUGACUGCAUCUUUAAGGAAGCUGGAUGUAUAGUAACCGUUCAGAGACGUCACCUGCCCCACCAUCUAGAGUCAGAGUGCAACUAUAGACAGGAGCAAUGCAGCUUCUGUGGGGAACUUGUGGCUGUGUCCCAACUUGAGGACCAUGAGAGACAAGUUUGUGCAAAUAUUCCAGUUGUAUGUCCCAACAACUGUGGCACAACUAAUAUUCAAAGAGCUCAGCUGGAAGAACACUUCAAGGUUUGUCCAGUUGCAGAAGCUGAAUGUAGCUUCAGUUCACAUGGCUGUUCCUUCAAGGGGAGAAGAUCAGCCUUACAAGACCAUGAAUCUAGGUCCAUGACAGAACACUUUGAACUGGUGACCAGAAGUCUUGGCUCUUUGGAACUAGAACAUUCAAGGACUAAGAGAGAAUUGCAGGAAAAGAACAAUGAGACAGAAGUACUGAAGGAAAAGGUUAAACAACAGGAAGAUGAAAUUGCAAGUGUGAAGCAAAGUCAUAGCAAACUGGAAGCAAAGAUUGCAGCCUUACAGAAAAUGAUGGCAAGUCAGACUGACAAGCAGAUAAAUAUAGAGCAAGGACUAGGAGCUACUGCAAAGAAAGAGGAGGUGGAUCAGCAGAAGAGAGACCUGAGUUCAGUAAAGGAACAGGUGAAGAGACUGGACAACCGAGUCAACAGUCUGGAGUCACGAGGAGGAGGAGCCAGCAGCAGCAAGGGAGAUGGAUUUUCAGGAGUGUUGGAAACUCAGCUGAAUGCUCACGACCGUCAACUGGGCAUCCACGAUGUCCGACUGGCUGAGAUGGACCUCCGCUUCCAGAUCCUGGAGACAGCCAGCUUUGACGGCACCCUGCUCUGGAAGAUCAAAGACUACACCAGAAGGAAGCACGACGCUGUGACUGGAAGAACUUUGUCUCUCUACAGCCAGCCCUUUUACACAUCUCAGUUUGGGUAUAAGAUGUGUGCUAGAGUGUAUCUGAAUGGGGAUGGUAUGGGGAAGGGUACCCACAUGUCCCUGUUCUUUGUAGUCAUGCGGGGGGAAUAUGAUGCUCUGCUGCCCUGGCCUUUUAGACAGAAGGUGACGCUGAUGCUGCUGGAUCAGGAUCAGGGCAGGCGUCACCUGUCCGACACAUUCCGGCCUGAUCCGACCAGCAGCAGUUUCAAGCGCCCCACGAGCGAUAUGAACAUCGCCUCAGGCUGCCCGCUGUUUGUGUCACAAUCAGUGGCUGAGUCUAAAACAUACCUGAAUGAAGACACAAUCUUCAUCAAGGUCAUUGUGGAUUGUUCAGACCUGGUUAGUCCAUAAGAGAAGCACUGUUGAUGCCUCAGAGUGGCCAUGAUUUGGGGUCAUGGGCAGUAUAAUCCCUGUGGAAGGAGCACCCGAAUGACAGCUUUCCAAGUCAUGGCCAUUCUGAGGAAGGUCUAAACACUAAAAAAAGAAAACAA